AUGAACGCAGGAAAGGCCAUCUUGUUGGGGCUGCUCUUCUGCAUCCCCCUCCUCGACCUGACUGUCGCCUCUGCGGACGAUGAGAACGGGCAUCGUUGGCAGCAAGCGCCGAAAGCUCCUGCGGCUCCCCCCUCUAGUUUUACAAACCCACCAGCGGCCCCCCCUUCUAACCCCAGAACUCCUCCGCUGACUCCCCCUUCUGGUUUCAGGACUCCACCGCCGGGUCCUCCUUCCGGAAACAUCGGCGCAUCACCCGGGCUGCCGUCAGGAGGCUCAUCGGCGAUGCCCCAGAAGCCCCAGGUCUUACCCUGCGGCUUAGUCGGGCAGGCGUGCUGUAGGACUCCCAUGGGUGCGGGUGCGGGCUCGGGGCAGGACGCCAUAACCUGUCUUGUGAGCUCGGGGGGGCAGUCCGGGUGCAAGGGCUCUGCCGUCGGCGGUGGGCUCGAAUGUAGAAGUGACUCUUUGCUUCCAUCGCCCCUGAUCAGGCAAUCACUCCACUCUCACAAGACCAGUCUCAGAAGCUGUAUUGAUUGA